AAUAACACAAACCAAUAAUCCUCUGAUUCCGACUGUGACAGAUGUUCUGUAAUUUCUCUUCUGGCUAUACGAUAUCGGCACAUUAAAAAUAUUUUUGAUUUUCUGCCUUUCCAAAUUUGCAUGAUAAUAGCGCCAGACUGUCUGACUAACUGACGUUAGCUUCUCUCUCCAGCUGACUCGUUAACCGGCAUCUACACAAUCAGCUGACGGACCACUGAGCUUGUUAGCCAGCUAACGUUAGCCAACACUGAGCUAACACUGAGCUAACGUCAGCUCAGCUGUCUCUCUGAACUGCCCUUUGUCUUUACGAGCCAGUCAGCUAGCUGGGAUCGUUUCUCCUCUUGGUUAGCUGACACUGGCUCUUGCAAUUUUACUUUUUUUAGCCUGACAAGAGUUAAGCAAACCAAGAUAGGCAGCUUGGGAACCAAGAUGUCGAACCGAGUGGUGUGCAGAGAAGCAAGUCACGCCGGGAGCUGGUACUCUGCUUCGGGAUCCCAGCUGAACGCACAACUAGAAGGCUGGCUGUCCAAAGCAGAGUCCUCAAUCAGACCCGCAAGAGCCAUCAUAGCGCCGCAUGCUGGGUAUACCUACUGUGGUGCUUGUGCAGCACAUGCCUACAAGCAGGUUGAUCCCUCUGUUACUCGUAGGGUGUUCAUCCUGGGACCUUCACACCAUGUGCCCCUCUCCCGCUGUGCCCUGUCACCUGCAGAGAUCUAUAGAACACCUCUCUAUGACCUGAGAAUCGACCACAAGGUUUAUGCUGACCUCUGGAAAACUGGGUUGUUUGAGCGGAUGAGUCUGCAAACAGAUGAAGAUGAGCACAGUAUUGAAAUGCACUUGCCUUACACUGCUAAAGCCAUGGAGAGCCACAAAGACGAGUUUAGCAUCGUCCCUGUGCUUGUGGGUGCCCUGAGUGAGUCCAAGGAGCAGGAAUAUGGGAAGCUGCUCAGCAAGUACCUGGCAGACCCUUCCAACCUUUUCAUUAUCUCAUCCGACUUCUGCCACUGGGGUCAGCGGUUCCGCUACACGUACUAUGAUGAGUCUCAAGGAGAGAUCUGCAGGUCUAUCGAGCAUCUGGAUAAAAUGGGGAUGGGCAUUAUAGAACAGCUGGAUCCCAUGUCUUUCACCAACUACUUGAAGAAGUACCGCAACACCAUCUGUGGGCGUCACCCGAUUGGAGUGCUUCUAAAUGCUGUGGCUGAGCUGAGGAAGUCUGGUUUAGAAAUGAACUUUUCUUUCCUGAACUACGCCCAAUCAAGUGAGUGCAGGAACUGGCAGGACAGCUCCGUGAGUUACGCUGCUGGGGCUCUCAUCGCUCAUUGAGGUCGACUUCCGCAGGGGCCACUGCAGCGCCGCCGCCGUCGUCGUCCUGCCCUUACUAUCUGUCGCCAUAACCUGACCCAGACACCCCCCCCCCCCAGUUAUGCCCACUAUUUGCAGGAAGGACCUAGACACUCACAGCCAAUAUAGUCGUCUUUCUCUGUCUCUCCCUCAGCUCUCCUCCUCCUUUCUCCACCCUCCUCUCAGUUUGAAGUGUGUCGCAGAGCUUAUAGUUGAAAUAUUUAGCUUGAAGUGCAGUUUUGAGACUAUGGAGGUGCAAAUGGUUAGAGAAGAUGGGAAGAGUGGGUAUCAUUAUGUCUCGGAGUAAGCGUUGGGAGGGGGAGAUCCUCCUUGGGUUUAGUCCCAUUUAGUUUUCCUGACAAAGCAAUCUUAAGGAGCAUUUUUGAAGUUUUUCCAGAUGAAAAUGGAAAGAGUACUUUGACUGACUGCUUCAUGCGACUUAAACUCUGAAGACAGUGUCAUAGGUGUAGUUAACCAACAUGUUGUAGUUGCUAACAAAGGGCUGCACCCAAAAACUUUCACUAACUCCCCGACUGUACAAAACCAAAAACGUUAUUACUCUUAGUUUAUCAAAUAUUAUCUUUAAUUCAUAUUUUAGUCCUUUUUAUUUCUCCCUUUUUCAGUAGUUUUAUUAGACGUGAUAGUAUUUACUCAAGUAGUGUGUAGAUUUGAACAAAAGCAGUGUGGUCGGUUAAGCGCUAAAGCCAUCAACAUCAUCUGCCCAAUAAAUUUCCUCCAGAUUCCAAUGACAUGCCUGUAGCAUGAGAGAUAUGUUCUGCAGGGGGCCAGAAUCCAGUUGUGGGUAAUUCAGAAAUGUGAUCAAAGCCGGAUAUUGUGUAAAUGACUCCAACAUUGACACCUCUAGUCCUCGUUUACACCGUCACCUUCAAUCUCUGUAGUUAAGGAGAUUCCAGUGAACAUUUUUUUUGCUGGACUUGAAAUGUCUUUUGUUACACGUUCAGUUCUGUAAGAGCAGCAAAAGCUUUUGUUUCGGUUUGACCAAAGUGUUAAAGGCCGACCUGAUCGGCUUAAGUUGUUGGAAAUGUUAUUAGAUCUGUUCACCGGCUAGUAAUCUACAUCUUUUUGUGUCGAUACGUUUUGAUUUAAGAAUGCCAAAAGCUAUUGGGAAAAUAUAAGUCAUCCUUAUUUACAGGUUUAGUUGCCUCUGAGUGUACACGAUUUCACUUCAGUUACUCUCGAGGCAGCAGGAGUAUCAUUUAGCUAAAAACAAGUAGUAGACGGCCACGUUUUAAGAUCAGCACAAAGUCAUCAUGCUUUUCUAUAAGGUUUAGGAAUCUAUCCAGAAAAGAGACAGUUGCUCCAUGUUGUAUUUUGGAAUCUAUUAAAAAACCAGAUAUUUACUUAAUGAAAUGUAAAGCACGAGGAUCACUUUUAAGAACAGAAGAAAACAGGUUAUUUUUUUUUUUGCAAAGUAAUAUGCUAUGGGGGUCCUGCUGCCUGAAAUUAUAAUAUUUUCAAAGAUUAACAAACUGCAUACAAAAGCUGAAUGCAAAAACCUGAUGAUCCAUAGCGCCAGUAUGGGCUGUCAAUGGCAAUAUGACAUAGGCAGCACACAAUAGCUGCUGUCCUGUCUUUUGAUAUUUGAAUAUCACUGACUGACUUUUACUGAUGCAGUCCUCUUGACAUUGGUUUGUGCCUCUCGGCACCAUAAGAGGCACUUAGCGUUAAGCUACGACGUCUGACUGAAAGAUGAAUCCUCAGACUCACUUGACCUCUGACGCUAAUCCAAGGGAAACUAGUAAAGCAUGACACUGUGCUAUUGUGCCUUUUUAUCACCGUUGCAAAUAUACAUAUUAAGUGUAUUCUCACUUUUAGUCUUAUUUUAGUUUGUGUACUUUUCAGUUUUUGUUUUCCCACAUGUAGCCUCCUGCUUUCCUAGAGUCCAACAAUGUGUCCAGCUCACCCAGCACUCCAGGAGUGUGUGACCUGUCCCCCUCAUCUGUUGGUCGAAAAUAGCACCAACCGUUAUCUCCUUUCUCCAGCAGGGGGAGUGGUGUUCUCUGUUCUCCACCUCACCUCAUUCCUGUAGAGAGAAAAAGGCUGAACCUCAACACUGUUCACGUUCCGUUUAUGGAUCUUUCUUUGUCUUUUAGAAAUGUUUUUUGUUUUUGCUUAGAGAAUGGGAAGUUACAUGUCACAAACCUAAAAUAUACUACUUAACUACUCCCUUAAUGGAGUUUUUUUUAUCUCAGGUUCCACUGACAAAGCAUCCCAAAAGGCUCUUCAGAUAAGGCCGUGGAUUCAUGUUACAAAACAAGUAAAAUGUACUGAAAAGCG